UCUCACUCCUCCUCGAUUUCCUGGUGCCAGACUGAAAUACGUUUUAAAAUCCAUAGUUAUAACUGUUACUUAGUCGUAAUAUUUUUUAAAUACAAAUUUGGUGCUAUUCAGAGGAGUCUUUAGGAGUUAAAUGCGGGUUGCAAUACUAUAUGAAUCGGGUGGUGAAUGAAAAUGGGUCUUAUUUUUUCAAACGGAACUAACCAUCUCAAUCCGAAAUGGUCAUUUGCGCCUGCGCACAAACCCGUAAGCGGCGUUUUUACGCACUUCCGUCACUUCCACUAGCAUCGUGGGGAAGAUGGCGACAAAAAAGUCGGUACCGAGUGAUCUUUACAAAUGCGUGUAUUCAUUUCUGUUGGAGAACAAGUUCUCCAAGGCGGCGCAGGAGUUUCUAAAACAGACAAAAGUGAAUCCACAAGAUCAAAAUGAAGAAAGCCUCGUCAACAUCUACAACGUCUGGGUGAGGUCUCCUGAAGCCAAGAAACGAAAAGCUGAAGCUACCAACGGUCCAUCAGCAAAAAAGGCAAAAAUUAGUAAAGAGAGCUCCAGCAGCGAGGAGUCGAGCAGUGAGGACGAGCAAGCAACUAAGACAACUCCUGCAUCAGCCAAGGUGGUGCCUGCAAAAGCAGCAGCAGCUACUAAAGCUGCUUCCAGCAGCAGUGAUGACUCCAGUGACUCCGAGGAGGAGCAGGCACCUGCAAAGGCUCAUGUGAAGCCAUCUGCUGUUGCUCCUGCUACAGGCAGCACAAGGAAAAAAGACAGCAGCUCAAGCAGUGAAGAAUCUGACUCCGAGGAUGAGCAGCCCACUAAAGCCCCUGCACCAAAACCCAAGGCAGGUGCAGUAAUAGCACCCAAACCAGCUGUGCCUGCUAAAGGUACGUCUCAGAAAAAGCAGGAGAGCAGCAGCGAAGAUAGUUCUUCUGAUUCUGAGGAUGAAGAACCAGUCAAGGCUCCAGUCAAACCAGCCCCAGUAAAGGCUCCUGCACCUGCUGCUGAAUCAAGCAGUGAAGAUUCUUCAUCUGAAGAUGAGGUUCCUCCCACCAAAAAACCCAAGACAGGGGCAUACAAUGCAGUCCCACCUCCUGCUUCAGUCAAGAAAGCUCCAGCUGCACCAGCAGCCAGCAAAGCCAAGGACAGUGACUCCUCUGACAGCAGUGAUGAGGAAGAAAAAAAGAAAGUAGCUGUGAAACCUGCAUUGGCAAAAACUGCUGCCAAACCAGGUGUGCCCAAACCCGCUGCCAAGAAGCAGGAGUCCAGUUCUGACAGCUCAGAUUCAAGCUCAGAUGAAAAGGAGACAAAGAAGCCUGCAGCCAAAGUCACCCCAGCUAAAAAAGCCCCAGUCAAACAGGCCCCAGCUAAAAAAGCCCCAGUCAAACAGGCCCCAGCUAAAAAAGCCCCAGUCAAACAGGCCCCAGCCAAAAAAGCCCCAGUCAAACAGGCCCCAGCCAAGGCUGCACCCACUGAAGAAGACUCGGAUGAAGACUCAAGUUCAGAGGAAGAAGAAGAGGUGAAGAAACCUACAGUGAAGGUGACUCCUGCUAAGGUUGCCCCAGCUAAACCUGCACCUGCCACAGCGAGAAAAGACGAGUCCUCAAGCUCAGAAAGCAGCUCUGAAGAUGAAGCCCCAGCAAAAGCUGCCACUAAAACUGCAGCUCCACUGUUACCGGGUGUAGCUUCUAAACCCCCAGCCAAGACAGCAGAGAGCAGCUCUGACUCCGAGGACUCCUCUGAGGAUGAGGAAAAACCAACGAAAGCCAAGCCAGCAGCCAAACCAGCUACUCCAGCUUCAAAGCCCGCUACCCCUGCUGCAAAGCCUCCAGUGGCAGCAGAGAGCAGCUCAGAUUCAUCAUCUGAGGAUGAGGAACCGGUGGUCAAGUCAAAACCUGCAGCUGCUAAACCUGCUACCCCGGCUUCAAAGCCUGCUACCCCUGCUGCAAAGCCUCCAGUUGCAGCAGAGAGCAGCUCAGAUUCAUCAUCUGAGGAUGAGGAACCGGUGGUCAAGUCAAAACCUGCAGCAGCUAAACCUGCUACCCCGGCUUCAAAGCCUGCUACCCCUGCAGCUAAGCCUGCUGCGGCAGCAGCAGAGAGCAGCUCAGACUCUGAUUCAUCUUCUGAAGAUGAAGAACCAGUCAAGCCUAAACCUGUAUUAGCUAAAGCUGCAGCAGCUAAAGCUGCAGCAGCUAAACCUGCUACUCCUGCAGCUAAACCAGCUGCCCCAGCAACAAAGGAUGCAGCAGAGAGCAGCUCAGACUCUGAGAGUAGUGACAGUUCUGAAAAUGAAGCAGCUAAACCUGCAGUCAAGAAACAAGCUCCAGCAGCAGCGGCCAAGAAACCCACUGCUGCUCCUGCAGACUCAAGUGAUGACAGCUCCAGUGAUGAAGAAGAACCUAAAAAAACAGCAUUAUUCCCCAAAACUGCAGCCAAAAAGGCAGCUGCAGCUCCGACAAAGAAGGCUGCAGAGAGCAGCUCAGACUCAGAUAGCUCUGAUUCUGAGACGGAGACGAAGUCCACCCCUGCCAAGCCGGCAGUCAUCAGCGGCAAAGCAGCAAGACCUAAGGCAGCCAAGGUCCCGGCAAAACCAACAGCAUCUUCAUCCAGUGACAGUAGCUCUGAAGAGGAGGAGGCCAGUAAAAGUACUGUAAAACCUGCAACACCUGUUGCAGCAGCUAAACCAAAAAAAAGCAGCAGCAGCUCCUCCGACAGUUCUUCAGAUGAGGAGGAAUCGCCACCAUCACAUAAAGCAGUCACAGCACCCACAACCCCUGUAGCAAAUGGUGCUAAGAGAAAGAGAAAAAGAGAUGAAGAAUCACCAGAAAGCCAAAAGACAGAAGUCACACCAAAAAACAAGAAAGAAACAACAACUCCUCAGACUUUCCCUAAAGCCAAUAAGAAGUCCAAUGUACCGUUCCGUAGAAUAAGAGAGGAAGAAGUAGAAGUGGAUCCCCGUCUUGCAGACAACUCUUUUGAUGCAAAGAAUGGCUCUAGAGGAGACUGGGGCCAGAAAGCUAAUGAGGCACUCAAGUUAACAAAAGGCAAGUCAUUCCGCCAUGAGAAGACAAAGAAGAAGAGGGGGAGCUACCGCGGCGGAGCCAUCUCCACCACAGUCAACUCUAUUAAGUUUGACAGUGAAUGAGUACCUUCACUCUGAACUGUACUGUGCCUGUGUGACCAGAACUCAGUUGUCUGCUUCCUCCUGUAUACAGUCCCUCUGUCAUCUCCCCUCCAGCAGAAGAAUGUGACCCAGAAAGCUAAGAUGGCGUUCUCACUUACUUAGCUGCUCUGGGUUUGUAAUGGCGUUCAUUUGAUUUCUGAUUUAAAAGUUAGAGGAGCUGUGGCGGCAGGAGCGGAGAUGUUCCAGCUUUGACUUCAGACUGUACUGGUUGACAUUCAUGUGACAUUACUACUUAUAGCCACUAGGUGGCUGCUGGCCACCUGUUAAUGGUUGGGAUCCUUCUUAGUGCGUUUUUGAUUUUGUUAACACGAACAUUGUGACAAAUGUCCUGUCAUUGUUUUUGUGAGAAUCUUUCAUUUAUCUCUAUAUGAAUCAUCGUCCCAACUAGUUCUUUAAGAAGUUAUGGAAUUACUGAUAUCUUUAAUCACAGUUUGGUUAGUUUUUCUUUGGCCACAGUAGAAUGUGGAGAUGGUGUAUGCUUGGGCUUUUCCCUCUGAUUACAGGAUCAUUUUCAAAUAUAACUAAGUUUUAUACUGUGUAUUUAUUAAGUUGUAUUCCUGUUUGACCUUAAGAUCACAUUAUUCUCAAGGCAUUUUUCUUCUGCAUUAAGAUGCCCCUGUCACCCCAUCUCUAUUCUGUUCACUGGAAUUGAAUUGAUAAUUUGAAUUUACUGUACGAGCAUGCGCCUUUUUAAAAUGACCAAUUCUUCAGUCUGCAAUUAAAGACUUUACAGAUAAAAUGUUGGUGUGGCUGA